UUCUAGCAGCAGUGAGGGGCGUGGCUUGGAUGCUUCAUCUAUUGUUCCGUUUAGAGUCAAACAUCUGGUAAAACUAAACCAAAAAAAUCCUGGGUGCGCGUGACCCUUUGGUGUAUUUUGAACACCGUUUCAGGUUGUUUUUUCUUUCUUUCUUUCUUUUUGAGGAUCACCUGCAGUUUGGUUUCUUUCUGCUUCCACCUGUAGCCGCGCUGAUGAGAGACAAAGAACCUGGAGUCAAGCUCGGACCAAAGUUUCUUGCCGGAGCCAGAAUAAAGGCAGAUCCUCAGAGAGGAGCGGCUCUCCUCUGAACCAGCACGCGCUGGUGGCCGCGCGCCGGGUAGGGUCUCACGUUAUGAGCCGCCAUGGCGUGGUGUGACCGCGGGGUUCAGACCGUGCUGGCUGUCGCGGGAGCCUUCACCGCCUUCAGCCUCAUGACCGUCGCCAUCGGCACCGACUACUGGCUUUACUCCCGGGCGUACAUCUGUAACGCCACCAACGUGACCGCCGACGACAGCCAGAUGCAGACCAAGAAAGUCAAAGGGGACCUGACUCACUCCGGGCUGUGGAGGAUUUGUUGUAUUGAAGGCAUCAACAAAGGAAGCUGUUUCCGGAUCAAUCAUUUUCCUGAAGAUAACGACUACGAUACAGACAGCUCGGAGUACAUCUUACGUAUAGUUCGUGCCUCUAGUCUAUUCCCAAUUCUCAGCAAUGUUCUUCUAAUGCUGGGCGGCCUGUGUGUCGGAGUCGGACGGAUCUACAGCAGAAGGAACAACAUCCUGCUCAGCGCAGGCAUCUUGUUUGUGGCUGCAGGCCUAAGCAACAUCAUCGGUAUCAUUGUUUACAUCUCCAGUAAUGCUGGAGAUCCCAGUGACAAGAAAGACGAGGACAAGAAGAACCAAUAUAACUACGGCUGGUCCUUCUACUUCGGGGCUCUCUCUUUCAUUGUGGCUGAAUCCGUGGGCGUUCUGGCGGUCAACAUUUACAUCGAGAAGAACAAAGAGGUGCACUUUCGAGCCAACCAUGACUUCAUCAAAGGUACCUCCUCGUCCUCCCCAUACUCUCGCAUGCCGAGCUUCCGCUACCGACGGAGGCGCUCCCGCUCCAGCUCCAGAUCCACCAACCCGUCCCGCGAGCCCUCCCCUCUGGGAAUGAAGAUCAGUGGAGGAUCUGGUGGGGGGGGCUUGGGGAUGGGUCUGCCAAUGGGAGACAUAUCCCUGUACACCCUAAACAGGGACCCUUUGAAGGGUGGAAGUGGGCCUUACAGCCCCGAGAGAGACUCCGGUUUUUUACAAGUCCACAACUGUUUCCAGAAGGACAUGAAAGACGGAGCGAAUCGGAGGACCACGCCGGUUUGAGGUUGGUGCAGUACGCCACAGCUCCAUGGAGGAGCGCAUACAGGUUUCAUUUUUACAGUGGCUAUGAAGGGAGUUUCAUUGCUUUUGAGAUUUCAGAGCUUUGCCUUUCCCGCCUCUUUUCCUGACAGAAUCCUGCUUGUUUUAAGUCGAGAUAAAAGCAGAUAUUAAAUGAACAUUUUCUGUCGUGACUUAUUAUCUGCAGGUACUGUACAUGUAGCAAUAUUUGAAGCUGGAGUUUAAAGUAGAGAACAGAGUAUUUGAAAAGCGUGCAUAGAGCCACAUGAAGUCUGCGCUCGUGCGUGUUGCACUCGCGCGUGUUGCUUUGCAGCACUUCUUCUUUGAUGUUGCUGCUUCCAGCAGAAACUUCACAGAGCCAACAGAAAUCUUUGGAUAUUGUGUUAUUGGUUGUGACGUAGUGUUUCAGAAAUGAAUUCUGUUUGUUUCCAGGUAUACUAAAACAAAGUGUUGUGUGACGGUUUGUCUUAAAUCCCUUGUUGUGCUGUACUUGUUUGUAACCUUAACAUAAAUGGUGCUUCCUUUGACGGUCCUGUUCAUUCCAAUGGAGAGAUUUCCAUUAAACCAUAAAAGCUUAUUUGAAUUGUGCUCGACUGAUGUGAUAAAUGUUGCCAUACCCAGAGUCGGCCACACUCUGGAAGUUUGUAGAUUUGCCAUCUCAGUGUUUCGUGUCCAUGUGAGACAGAGAGUCUUUGUAGUUUGCUCUCCAUUCAUGAUGAAUGGAAUAGUUCUGGAUUGACGAGUGUAAAAUCAGGUCGGGCUCACAGUGUUUGUGAUCACUGGAGCUCAAUCCCUGAAUUUGUGUUCACAUCGUUUGCUCUGAUGAAAAAACAGGAAACCCUGAUGGAUUUACAUGAUUUCUGUCUUAUCGCUUUCUAGCAACAAGAAUUGUAAGAAGCUUUAAGUAAUUUUUAAGCAAUUAACAAAUUCUCAAUAAACAAUUUUGUGUGCGGAUGGA